AUGGAUUAUAUUAAAAAUAAAUUAAAUAAUGUUAGAAUGGGUAUAACAACAGCAUUAAUAGAUCCUCCUACUGAAUCUAUAUUUUUCUAAGAAGGUUAAUUGACAGUAAAUGAAUUUGUGCAAAGUGGAGAUAGAUUAAUAUAAUCUUGUCCUUCGUGGAAAUGGAAAAAUGCUAUUUCUGAUAAAUAUUAGAAUAAUUUAUUACCUAGUGAUAAAUAAUAUCUAUUACUUGAAAGAGUACCUUGUAAUUAAAGAAUUUGCGAAUUAUAGGAAAACAUUAAUAUAUAAGAAAAAUUAGAUAACGAGGAUGAUUGGGUUAUAAAUGAAUAAAUUUAAUAAGAAAAAAAACAAGUAGAAAAUAAAUAAAUUGAAGAAGAAUAAUAAUUAAAAUAAAUAUACGAUUUUUAUUACUAUACUCCUCGUUUAUAUAUUACAGGAGUAGAUGAGAAUAAUAACCCUUUAACUCAAGAAGAGAUUUUUUAAGACAUAAUUAAUGAAUAUGCUAAUAAAACUGUUACAUUCGAAGAACAUCCUCAUUUAGGGACUUAAUAAGCUUCAUUACACCCUUGUAAACAUGCGAAAGUUAUAAAGCAUAUGGUCGAUACUAUUUAGGGAAAUGGGGGAAUUAUUGAACCUCAUAUGGCAAUUUAAAUUUUCUUGAAAUUUUUAGCUUCUGUUAUUCCAACAAUAGAAUAUGAUAUUGCAAAUGAUUUUUAUUUAUGA